AUGAUCUUUGCGUUGGUGCCUUGCAUGAUUGCCUUGGCCUCAGCUGACCUGGCCGUGGAUGCUUCACCUUUGAUGGACAAGUUGAACCAGGCCCUCUCGUCGAAGCUUGGUGACAUCAAUGCAAAGCUGGCGGCGGGGAUGAAGACCAAAGAUCCCAUGAUGGUGAACGUGGAAAAAGGCCCGCUCCACGUAGACAAGAUCUCUGACCUGAGCAGUCUCCGCGUGGAGUCCUUCAAAGUCACGGGCUUUCACAUGCCGAACCUGGCCAUGGCAUUGUCAGGAGCAUGGUCUGGCGACCUGAAUGUGAAUGGCUUCGUUGAUGCUCUGGGCAAGAAGGUCCCAGUCGAUGCGGCAUUGCACGGGGUUAGCUUCAAGAGUGAUGAGAUUGACAUGAACUUGAAGAGGAAUCCACUGGAAAUCCAAGGCUUCAAUGUCAAAAGUUUGGAGGUGUCCAUCCAGUCCAUCACUUGCCAAGUCCACUUUGCCAUGCCUGCGCUGGCGAAUAUAGUAAGCAAGCUGGCCGACAAGAAGAUCAACGAGUCAAAGGGGAAGAUUGCAGAGAAACUCUCCGAGAAGAUGAAGGAAGUGCUAGGAAAUACUCUCAACGAGAAGAUCAAGGGCGCUCUCAACGGAAAACUUCAUGAAAUGAUGCGCUGA